AUGCUACUUAGCAUGACAACAUUUACAAGUGCAAGCCUGAAAGCAAGCUCAUUUGUCGUUCAAAUUUGCGGCGAAUCCCAAAACCCUUCUAUGUGUAACAAAGUUUUGCACUCUAAUCCUUGUUCAGACACAUCCGAUCUUAAAGAUCUAGCCUACACAUCGAUCGGAGUAGCCCUAUCGAAUGCCAAACAAUCCUUAGACUAUGUUUCUUAUCUCGCUAAGAAGACUGCCGAUCCAAAGCUCAAGGAUAGGUACAAGACGUGUGCCGAGAACUACGACACGACUGUCGAAGACCUUAGCCAAAGCAAUACAUUCUUGGAAAAGGACGACAUUUCGAGCUUUUGGACCUAUGCAUCAUCAGCGUUUGGUGGGCCUGCCACGUGCAAAGACAGUUUUGAAGGAAUGCCAGCCGCAACAGCCCAAUUAAAUGAAGUCAAUAAAAAACUCACCUUACACACUCAUAUUGUGCUGACUAUAGCAGCCAACCUCUCAUUAACAAGUGCAAGCUCAUUAGUCUCCAAAGUUUGCGGCAUAACCCAAAACCCUUCCCAAUGUAACCAUGUUUUGGGCUCUAAUCCUCGGGCAGCCGAAGCAGAUAUUAAGGGUCUGGGCUACAUAUCGAUCGACAUAGCCUUGUCCAAUGCCAAACAUUCAUUCGGCUAUGUUUCUUCUCUAGUCAAGACGACUACAGAUCCAACGCUCGAGGGCAGGUAUGAUACGUGUGCAGAGAACUAUGACGACACUGUGGACAGACUUAGCCAAUGCAAGACGUUCUUGGACAAUGGCGACAUUUCGAGCUUUCAGACCUAUGCCUCUGCCGCUUUUACUAAUAUCGACACAUGCGUAGACAGCUUUGAAGGCCCUCCGGCUGCACCGGCUAAACUAGACGUGGUCAAUAAAAAGGCUUCGGGACUCAUUGGUAUUGUUUUAGCUGUAGGAGCCCUCUUGGAUGGCCAAUAA